UUGAUGAGAACAAGCGUUACCGGCUGAUUAAAUUCCAUCACAUAGGAAAUACUUGCCCCCUCUUCAUUUUUCGGACCGUUCACACUCAAAAAAAAAAAAAAAAACCAAACCCAAAAAAAACCACAAAAAAGGCCCAAACCCUCCCAAAGCCCCGAAGCGGGGGUAUUGGGGACAAAAAGCCGGGAAGAAGGGAAGGGGGGAGAGGAGGGGGUGCCGGCGGGGGACGGGGGAGCGGCGCAAGGUGUCGGUGCGGAGGGGAGGAGGGCUCCAUCCCGCCGCCCUUGGAAAGCCUCCGCUUUCCCACAGCUUUUUCAAUCCCCAACACUUUUCACACCCUGUUAGGAUUUAGCGCCGCCGAAACCGCUAAAACGCUCCCAUGGCUGGAGGUAGGGCCCGGCGGGGGUUGCGCCCACCACCCCCAGCCCCCCCCCCCCCGCGGAAAGGGCUCGCUUCCCUGCGGGAAAUUCCUCGGAUGCUUGGUGCUCCGGCUGGGCCGCCGGGCCUGCUCGCUUCGGAGGGCAGGGAAGGGAAGGAUUCCCGGGAUACCUGCUGGGAAUGAGCUGCGGGAGCCUCUCCUUGGGGAAUGGGACCGGGCCGGGGGGUGGGCGACAACCGCAGGGAAGAGCCGGUCGGGCGAGCGUUUCCCUUUUUUUUUUUUUUUUUUUUUUUGUCUUUUCCCCCACGAAAAUAAUCUCUGGGAAAUUCCAGGUGACGUUUCUUGUCCCUCCUUUCCAAACCUGCCAGCACCGUCCCCAGCAAACCCUCCCGACGGGGCUCUGCCCAGGAGCGCCCGCCUCCGAGAGGCACAAAUCCCCCGCCCCCGCGGAAGGCCUGAUGCUGCGGUGUCCGACGGCCGAGGCCGGCCGUGCCCAGCCCUGGGGGCCGUGGGACCUGCAGGUUGGCAUUCAGAGCCUCAAGGGGUUUGUUCGGCGGGUUUGCCGCCCCCCCCAAAAAAAACCCCAAGGGACUCGUCCCCGGCGCAAAGCGAGCGCAUCUCCGGAGCGCAUCCCUGCGGCGCUUCCCCCCCGCCCUCCAGGCGCGGGGAGGGACCCCCUCUCCCUGCACCCCUCGGCUCUCCCGCAGCCCUUCUCUUGCACUAGAAGGCCGAAACACCGCGGGGUGGGCACUAGUUGUGCGGGCUGCACCUUUGGGUGCUCCUCCCCCCUCUCCCCCCCCCCGCAGCGAGCGCCUCAGCAUCCCUCAGCUCCGCCUUUGCUCUCUUUAAACCUGUUCAAACCCUCCAAAACCUUGCGGCGGGAGAGGGAAAUCCGUCAGGAAUAUAUGCACUUGGCGGGACACUUUUAUUGCCCUGGUUUGUUUAUUUUCCCCAUCCCCGUCGGGAAAUGCUGCGGUGGGUGCCCCGCACGGGGGCGGGGGGGGACCGCGGAUGGGGCUGCGGGGAGAGGCUGGAUCCCAGCGGACACCCGGGGGACACUGAGAUGCCCCCGUCUGCCCUGUCCCUGUCCCUGCCCGAGGCACACACAGCCCCCCCCACCACCACCCCGCCCCGGGUCACAUCCCACGGGCUGUGCUCGGCAAGUGACACGGGGGUGACUCUGGGCACGACCGGGGAGGGGGACACUUCGGUCGUGUCUGGGCACGAACAUAUCGACAGGGUCCUCAGCAGGACCCUAGAGCCUGUCCGAGCGGAGGGACCUGCGGCGGGGGUGCUACAUAAACCAGGGACAUGUGCCCACUGCUCAGGUGUGACUACAGAGGGUCCCUUCUCCCACCCUGCUGCCGGCUGGAGCCCCGAGGGGGGUGUAAACUGCACCCUGCCCCACACGGAGCGCAUUUCAGCUUGGUGAUACCAGUGAUUCAUAUAAGCAUAUAGGCUCUGAAGCCCAGAGCUAGGAGGAUCCUCGGGAAAAGGAUGCUCUCGCCAGACUUAACUCGUCUCCUGCCACUUCGGCUGCACGAGCUGGGCAUCAGCCCGACUUCCGCUUUCAGACUCUGCCCUCGCAGUCAGCAUCUCACCUGCUCCGCACCCGCCCCACCGGCCAAGCCCUGGCUCAGCCCAACACGGCCGCCCGUCUCCAGCUCAAGCCCAAGGGCUUGACGGUUGUCCCUCUGCCCCUCCCCGGCCACUGCGUGUGGCCCCCCCAGGAUCCACCAGGGUCUGGAGGCACGGCGGGGUCCGAGAUGGGCUGCAAUGGGAAAUGGAGGAGGACUUUAAGGCUCUGGACUGGUGGGGAGCAGAGGGGUGAGGGGAUGGGAGGCGAAAUUAAGACCGGUAUUCAGGAAAAGAGUCUUAGAAACGUUGUAGGUAAUGGUUUAAAUAAAGUUGCAAUUUAGGACGCAACCGGGAAUUUGUAGCACGUUUUAAUGAUGAUUUGCUUCUAUAGUUUUUUAGAGUUUUUUUUUUUCCAUUCAUUCACACCGUGAUGUUUUGGGAGGCUAAAAAAAAGAGCAAUCCGUGCGCGUGCAUCAGUCAAUGUACUGCCGUACGCCACAAUAAAUGCCGCGUAUUUACGUGUGUGCUCAUUUAGAAUCACAGAAUGUGUCGGGUUGGAAGGGACCUUUAAAGGUCACCUAGUCCAGCCCCCCUGCAGUCAGCAGGGACAACUUCUCAUUGCUGUAACAAAUGUAGAGAAAAACUUCACGUUUUUGCAGAGAUUCCAAGACACAGCGUAUAGAAAGAGUCGCCGCAACGCCUCAUACCUAGGAACACACCGCACCUGGGAAGCUCCUACUGCUUAACUGGGACCCGAAUCCAGCUGGCAAACACCCCAGCGCUGGGGAUGAGCUGGAAAUCGGGUGUUUAAACGCAGAGUGGCUUUUUCAUACCGUCCUGCCUUUGCCAAGUGACUGCCCGGGCGCCGGGGAAGCCUCGCAGAUGCCUGAAUUUUCUGCUACGCUGAUGCCCCGGGUCCUUUUGCUCCGGACAGGGCCGAGUGCGUCUCUCGCACCUCAUCCCACCUGGAUCCGCAGGCAUGGCGUUCAUUCCUGCUGCCCGCAGGAGCCGGCUCUGGCACCCCACGGACGGGUUCUGCGGUGGCACCGGGGAAAGGACGACGGUGACACAGUGCUGUCACCCCCCCCUUGGCAAAGUGAGCCAGGUCCGGCUCCUUCCUCCACAUGAGGGAAUUAUCUCCCAUCACUGCAGCGCGUCGCUUACAGAAUAUCAGGACAGGGGGAAGAAAUUGCCCUCUUUCCUCUGAAGCUGCGUUAAUCUGCGUGGCACAAUUAACGAUUCCGUCCCUCUUCCCUCCUCCCUUGCCCGUGCCGACACGGGAACAGUUCCUACCCGGACACCAGCGUCCUAUUAGAGGGUGGGAAGCAGAAGUUUCACCUCCCCGAGGAACUGAAAUGAGGUCCCCAGAGCCUUGGUGAACAUCCUAUUAACCGUCAGGCCAGUGAUAUAUUUUUCUAUAAAAAAUAAUGUUUUUUUUCAGUUUCUGAGUGAAAAUAUUUAUUCUCCACCCCGGCAAUGCAGGAAAGGACUAGAAGCCGUCGGGCUGGGCAGCCAGGUCCCUGGCGGACCUCAGUAAGUGCUGAGCUGCUUGUGGGGAAUGACGGGAGAUUUCGUUCCCUUGGGAAAAAGGGUGGGAGGUUUUUUAAGCCUCUGACAGGGAUGUCUGUCCCGAAGCAGUCAGAGACGGGGCUUUGGGAAAGCUCCAAACCAGACUGCGCUGUGGAGGAUGUGUGACGCGGUGAUGGGCCGUUAGACACUGGGUACAGGCGGUGAGUGGCUGUGCUGGAAAGCACCGAGUGUGUGUCCUCAGAGGCACCAGCACAAGGUGCCGCCCACGUGGGACAUCGCUGGCGUGAGCUAACUGCGCCUCAGAGCUCACUUCGCCCUUAGCACCUGGAAAACAAAGUCCUUGAAGUCAACCUGACCUCACGCACAGCCUCUGGGGAGCCGGGCUGAACCCACCACGGGUGAGGGACCUUCCCACGUUAAUCUGCGUUGCUCGGUGUAAAAGAACCCAGAGACCCGGAGCCACGCACUGAGGAGUUGCUGAGGCUGCUUCAGCAAGGAGUGGAGCACAGGGUCCAAAAAAGCCCAACUUCUGAGAGAUCCGAGCCAAGUCUUCCCUCUGCACAUGUCAAUACAACGCGUCAAAGACAUUUAGUGCCCUAAAUAUUUUAAGAGCCCAGGGACGGUGCUGAAAUGGGACAACUCGCUCCGUAGGCCGGCAGUCAAACUGACGUUUCCUAGGAUCGACACGGCUGAUCAAUAGGGGGGUUUGGGGGAGGUACAAUUCCUGGUGAAAAAAGGGAAGUGUGGAAAUAUGGUUCGUGCGCCCAAGGCCUUAAUCUCUCCUUACCCCGCCCCCGUAAAAUUAACCACAUAAUUUGUAAUCAUUCAUAACAGUUGGAAUUGCCUUGACUUUUAAAAGACUUUUCUCAUUAGGCAACUCUUUAUUCCUUGUAAAGCAUAUUAUUGAUCUUAAUAUGCAGAAAAUGCCAUAGCUGGCAACUCAGAAUGUCUGUGCCAUUUUUGCUAAACAAUGAGAAUUGAUGAGGUUUGGCAGGACAUUAAAAUAUUUAACAUUAUAGCUUUGAGAAGGCUUUUAUGUGUCUGUACUAAUAGGAAAAUCUUUUAAGAGGAAAAACGUUUUUCUCUGCUCUACUAAAAUCUCCAGUGAGGGCUGAUUGUGUUUGCAUUAAACCCUAUGGGAGGUCAGUUAUUGACUUCAAAGUCAAUUCCAAGAGGAAUUCCAGUUUGGGAAAUUAUGACUAGGAAAAUAUCUCGGCCUUUUAGUCACAUGACUAGUGCCAUUUAAACGAUCAUUUCGUUACACACCCUGACGCUUUGGAAAGUGUCUGGGGCCGGGACGUUUGUCUUUGCCCAGAGGAGUUGCACAUUAGCAGCUUGAACGCGAUGGAGAUGCCAACUCCUACGCCAUCACGUCAGCUGAAGGUGGACCAGCUGCCGCUCCCAGGGGAGCCGCAGGCCUGUGGCAUAUCCCUCUAAGACUCUACCUUUGAGAUACCUUUUUAUUGUUAAUUUUACUCCCAGAUCCCUGUUCUCACUCUCCAAACCUGACUGGCAGGGCUGAGCGCUGGUACCCUGGAUGAUUCUCUGCCUUUACAGCGUUGUGUCUAGGGCGCAGAGCUCGGGGGGAGGCAGGGAGGGUGUUCAAAAACCAGCCCAUGGCUACGUUGAGCAUUACAAGACCUUCUCCAGGCUCCCCUGCUGUGGCAGGGGGUUUGGACUAGAUGAUCUCCAGAGGUCCCGUCCAACCCUACGGCUGUGUAAUUCUGUGAUUCUGAGAAACAGGCAGCUGUGACAGGGAAAGCUUAUCAGCCUCAAUCCCUCGACUCAGCAAAGGAGUAUUUGCCAUCUGAUUUGCCGCAUCCUGGUCCAAGGCGAGCUGCUUAAAGCAAAAUGGGGCCAUCGUCACCUGAGGAAGCAAGAGCAUCUCCAGGCGCUCCUCCUCCCGGGAGCCUGAGCGCUGCCUCGGGCCGGUGCCUCCUCUGACCAGGCGUCUUUGCUCUUGAGAUGAAGGAGGAAAACUCUUUAGGCUAACGAGGCGGCCUAAAAGAAGGUUGUGAUGAAAAGGAGAUAGUAAAGUUCAAGCCUAUCGUCAUCUUUCGGUACCGAGCUCAUGUGAGGGCACUCUAUCCUCCAGGCACCUGCAGCACAAAGGACCUUCUUGCCUGCAUUUCUCUUCAAAGCCCUAAGGGCAGAGCUCAGGGGCCGUUGAGGCCUCUUGGAUCUUCUGUAACAUUAAACAAGGGCUGAUACACUUCAUUUUAGCCAUGUAGCUCACUCCCAAGUUUUUCCAAGCUGGGCAAUUUAAUUAUGAGCAUUAGGUUAUUGGUGAAGACCAAAUUUGCUUUAUCGUUUGCAGCCUUCCCUUUACCCCCAGAAGGGCAGCACCUCUUAUAAAUGCCAGCGGGACCAGAACAAAAUGUAACAUGGGUAUCCUGUAAUCAUAUUUAUUCCUGUACACAACAAGCUCAAACGCUGGGGUCUUUUAAUAGCUUUUUCCAUAUUGGAGUCUUUGUUUGGAUGUGGUUUUCCUGAUGUAUCCUAGUAACAUAUUUAGUUAAUUUAUAUUGUGUGUAUGUGUAGACAGAUAUACACACAUCCAUAUGUAUGCACACACAUAGUCCUCAUUAAGUAAGUGUUAAACCUCCCACAGCAGAGUUGGGUUCGGAGGGCGAUGGGGCUGAAGAGGGGACGUCUGUUCCCUCUGCAGAGGGGCAUGGCAGAGACCGCUCUGGGGG